UCUCGCGGGAGUGGGAUGCAUGAGUCUCGCGAUAGUGGGCUCGGCGGGUGGAUGGCGUCGCUGGCUAGCUUUCCUCAGAUGCUGGAACCCUUGGGAAGCCCCACGUUACAGAUGAUGCUGGGUGGUGACAUUAUGAAGCUGGAAAAUGGGCAGACAAAGCUGGGCUUGCCACCACUCAACCCAGAGCAGCAGGAGGCACUGCAGAAGGCCAAGAAGUAUGCAAUGGAACAAAGCAUCAAGAGUGUGUUAGUGAAGCAGACGAUCGCCCACCAGCAGCAACAGCUCACUAACCUGCAGAUGGCAGCACAGAGGCAGCGGGCGUUGGCGAUUAUGUGCCGAGUUUACGUUGGAUCGAUUUACUAUGAGCUGGGAGAAGAUACCAUUCGUCAGGCCUUUGCUCCCUUUGGACCAAUUAAAAGCAUCGAUAUGUCAUGGGACUCUGUUACGAUGAAGCACAAGGGGUUUGCCUUUGUGGAGUACGAGGUUCCAGAGGCAGCUCAACUUGCCCUUGAGCAGAUGAACUCGGUGAUGUUGGGAGGCAGAAAUAUCAAGGUUGGCAGACCGAGUAACAUAGGACAAGCUCAACCAAUCAUAGACCAGCUUGCAGAGGAAGCCAGGGCGUUUAACAGAAUUUAUGUCGCGUCCGUUCACCCGGAUCUGUCGGAUGAUGACAUUAAAAGUGUGUUCGAGGCCUUUGGAAAGAUUAAAUCCUGCACCUUGGCCCGAGACCCCACAACGGGGAAGCACAAAGGAUAUGGAUUCAUUGAAUACGAGAAGGCCCAGUCCUCGCAGGAUGCCGUUUCCUCCAUGAACCUCUUUGACCUUGGCGGACAGUUCCUACGAGUUGGGAAAGCGGUGACCCCUCCGAUGCCAUUGAUGACUCCUGCUGCGCCGGGUGGAUUGCCUCCUGCUGCAGCUGUGGCAGCAGCCGCAGCAACAGCCAAGAUCACAGCUCAGGAGGCUGUGGCUGGGGCAGCGGUGCUCGGUGUUAGUGGUCUUUCAGCGCCAGGGCUGGUUACUCCAGCACUUACCCUUGCACAACCACUGGGUGCAUUGCCACAAGCGGUCAUGGCAGCCCAGGCCCCAGGUGUCAUUACAGGUGUGACUCCAACUCGUCCAGCUGUGUCUUUGCCAGUCAGUAUCCCGCAGGUGGGGGUGGUUAACCCUGUCCUUGCCACACCUCCAGCAACUACUGGUACAGCAGAAGUGAAGAAGGAAGAUGAAGAGAAGUUGCUGGACACUGAGCGGCUGGAAAUGUUGAGUGAGCAGGAGCAUAUGAGCAUUUCCGGCAGCAAUGCCAGGCACAUGGUGAUGCAGAAGCUGUUGCGCAAACAGGAGUCUACAGUGAUGGUCUUGCGGAAUAUGGUGGGUCCCGAGGACAUUGAUGAUGAUCUGGAGGGCGAAGUAACGGAGGAAUGUGGUAAAUUCGGGGCUGUGAACCGUGUGAUCAUCUACCAGGAGAAGCAGGGCGAGGAGGAGGAUGCCGAGGUGAUUGUUAAGAUCUUUGUGGAAUUUUCCAUGGCUACGGAGAUGCACAAAGCCAUCCAGGCUCUUAAUGGGCGGUGGUUUGGAGGACGGAAGGUGGUUGCAGAAAUCUAUGAUCAGGAUCGGUUUGAUAACAGUGACCUGUCUGCAUGAACUCGAGGGCAUGGCGAACUGUGGUGAAAAGAUGUGGGCUCAGCUGUGGUUCAGGGACCACAUUCAGCAGCUGAUGUCCCAUCACCCACUCGAAGCUGGGACCUCGGGCUACUGCACAUGGACCCAAUGCGUUUCCACUUCGUCAACUGACACAGUGCUGUGUUUGCCUCCUUGUUACACUCUGCUGUUUCUCCACUCAGCCUCAAAACCCGGUGGACCAAGGUGCAGACUUGUAACAAUGUGGAGCUCAGCCCGGACCACCCAGUUUAUCCUGGUGAACGUGUCACUGGUUGGAUGAAUUAUUUCAGUGGGUGAGAAUCACAGAAUGUUUAGGGUUUGUUGCCCUAGAUGAAGCUAUGGACUUGGGUUCUCUGGUGAUUUUUGACGCAGAGUUCAGGUCCAUGGCGUCAGCACAGAACAUGUGGAUUUGGCCUAGAUUCACAGACUGCUCUCCAGGUGGUUAAUUCAGUAUGAGUGUAUUUUUUUUUUAAAACUCUGUUUUGGCUGCAAAGAUGUGGACAUUGUAGGCAAGUUACUGUUUCAUUUCUAUUAAAGAAAUU